CAAUGGCUUUUCUUCCAUGGCUACAGUGUUAUAAAUUGAGGGCUUCUGUAUAUCUCUCGUUACCUUACCGUGAAUGAAUAAAGGUGUUUUAAAGGGAAAAUACAGGCAAAUUCGUAUUAGUAACAAUUAAAAAAACAUAGCAAUUAACAUUAAAAUGACAACUCAAGAGAACACAGCUAAAACGAAGAGAGGUGAUUUAACAUCUGCUGAAAGAGAGAUGCUACAGGUUGCUGCUGCAGGGGAUGUGCAAGAGGCUGCUCGGCUUCUCAACAGUAAAGAAGUGCGGGUUAACUGUCUGGAUGAGAAUGGCAUGACCCCUCUCAUGCAUGCUGCUUAUAAGGGGCAAGCAGACGUAUGCAGGCUAUUGCUGCAGCAUGGAGCUGAUGUCAAUUGUAAUGAGCAUGAGUAUGGCUAUACUGCUCUCAUGUUCGCCAGCCUCUCAGGCAAUGCUGAGAUUACAUGGAUGAUGCUGGACGCUGGGGCAGAGACAGACCUGGUCAACUCCGUGGGACGGACCGCAGCCCAAAUGGCAGCUUUUGUAGGCCAGCAUGACUGUGUGACAGUGAUCAAUAACUUCUUCUCACGAACAAGAUUAGAAUACUACACCAGGCCGCAGGGCUUAGAGAAAGAACCCAUACUGCCUCCAAAACUGGCAGGACCUUUACAUAAAAUCAUCAUGACCACCAACCUCAACCCAGUCAAGAUGGUGAUGAUGGUGAAAGAAAACCCGCUCCUGGUAGACGUCGUAGCUCUAGAGAAGUGUUACCGAGUGAUGGAUCUGCUGUGUGAGCAGUGUGUGAAGCAGCAGGACAUGAAUGAGGUGCUGGCUAUGAAGAUGCACUACAUCAGCUGUGUGCUACAAAAGUGCCUGGCCUUCCUACAGGAGCGUGAUGACAAACUAGACGCUCUCCUCAAGAGUCUUUUAAAAGGGCGAGAUGGUGAUGGCUUUCCUCAGUACCAGGAGAAAUUUAUUCGUGACUGUAUCCGGAAGUUUCCUUACUGUGAGGCGACUCUGUUGCACCAGUUGGUCCAAAACAUAGCUCCAGUGGAAAAUGGGAACUCCCCAACAGCCUUCUCAGUUCUUACUCAGGCAUUAACGGGUCAGACGGCUCUAAUGGAUGCUGAGUUUUGUGCUACAUGCGGAGAGAGGGGAGCUGAUAAGAAGUGUUCGUUCUGCGAAAUGGUUGUCUACUGUGGGCAGGCUUGUCAGAGGCUGCACUGGUUCACACAUAAGAAAGUAUGUAAGGCCUUGCAGCGACAGCGAGAAUUUCAGAGUAAAGAUUCUCCUAGUGUGAGAGAAAUCCCUGGAAAUGAUGAUGGUCAUGAUGCUAUUGAGGGAAAUUGCAGCUCAUUGCUGGGUCUCUGUUUGGGAUUUGCGGAGCUUGGACGUUCACAUUCUUUUUGUGAGAACUACCCUGACCCUUCGAAUGCUGUUGCAGAGGCCAUGUCUGGCUGCCAGGACUGGGGAAGAGAGGACCAUCCAUCUUCCUGACUAUUAAAGCUCUGCUUAUUCACCAUACAUUUUAACUGGGCAGAACAUUACACAACCAAAACCCUUUCUGAUAGGGAAACACUCAGUUCUACAUAGAACCCAGAGUGAUAACCAAAGACCCAUUAGACCCUGCACUCUUAGAAAAAAAAAGAUAUUCAGGGUUUUUGGGCUUUUUAACACUUCUAGCCUCCUAAAGGUAUUCUACUUGAAAUCAUCUCUAAAAGGGGAAACGCUCUAUUGUAGGUCUCUACAUAGAAACUUUAAGGGUUCUUAAAGUACCUUUUAGGAUGAUAGAUACAGGGUGUGUGCACUACCAAUCAAAAUGUUUGGACACACUAGAUUAAAUGUAUAAUUUUCAUUGUCUUAAAGGCAUUUUGAUAAAAGCUUAUGGUUGAAAUUUGUUUAUGGACAACUGUAGUGAAAAAAUAAAAUAUCAUGUUAUACUAUAGUGUUAAUUUUCUAAUAUAGUAGAAAUAUGAAGAAAAGCCUUCUAUGAGAAGGUGUGUCCAAAGUUUUGACUGGUAGUGUGCUUCUGCACUGGCAUAAGGGCUCAUGUAUAUACUAAAUUUGAAGAACAACUCUGACUGAUGGUGGAUUAUUUCUUAUUACAGAUCAGUACUGAUUGGUAUUUUUCUUCCUUAUACCUCUAGAUUGAACCAUUUGAACAAAUUCAUUUUUAUUUUUUGUUUUUAAAAAUUUCCUGUCUUGUAACUCCAUCAAGUUAUUUUUUUUUCAUAAGCUGUUUUUUUUUCAUUUUUUUCAUUUUUUCUCUGAAUAAACAUUAAAUAAACUGUUUCAUUCACAGAUGUCUUUCCUAACACAUAUCAGGGUAGUUUAUCUAAAUGUAAAUAUAAAUGAAAAUCUUUAUUCACUAACUAACCAGGCUAAAUUGGAAAGAAUAUCAUUGUAAAAAUGAGUUUCUUGUAAGGUAGAAGUUGCUGGAGUUCUGUUUGCUCUCUGCUGAGUGUCGACUCUGUAAAUGGGUGUCUGAGGCUUUUAUGGUAGUGUAAUAUUUAUGACAGUAGAGGGCAGCUUUUGUCCUCCAAAACUCCAGUAUGAGUUGUUAUUACAGCGUUCUUCCAUAGAUCAGUGGACUUGAUGUUAAAAAUGCAGGCUGUCUUCCUGGAUUUUCACUGCUGAAGCUGUAAGUGUCUUGUCAGCACUUUGAAAGCUGAUUAUUAAACCUUCAGAAACUUUAUAACCUGACCAACAU